CACCCCCCUAUUCUCCACUCACAAUUUGCCUUUAAUCAAAUUUAAUUUACCACUACCUCUCAACAACAUUCUUCCCAUAUCCCCUUCUCUCUCUCUCAUAAAAUUUAAACUAAAAUGGUGGCCGGAAUAUCAACCGGCUCCGGCGGCACCACUACCACCACCAAAAAAUUUGUAAUGUUACUUUUACUGGUACUUUCUGUUUCCACCAGUUGUACAACAACCACCGUCAGCCGCCGUCACGACAUAAAUAAGCACUACCAAACGUUCACCCCUCAUUCUCUUCCUUCUUCUUAUGCAUCUCUAGAUCUAUCAAAUGAAAACAAUUUAAUGGCAACUUCUUCAGAUUCAGAAAAUGCUUCAGAUUCAUCUAAUUCCCUGUCUAUAGAUUUACAUCAUGUAGACACUCUCAUAUAUUCCACUUCCACUAUUACAACGAAAAAUGACCCUGAGACUCUCUUCAAAAACCGUCUGACUCGUGACUCGGUCCGAGUCAAAAGCAUCUUAAAAUCAGUAUCCAACAGGACUAGUGGGGAUUUCAGCAGUUCGGUGAUAUCUGGUCUUGCACAAGGGUCAGGUGAGUAUUUUACAAGAAUUGGAAUAGGAAGUCCACCAAGAUAUUCUUAUAUGGUAUUAGAUACAGGCAGUGAUGUUGUAUGGAUUCAAUGUUCUCCGUGUCGGAGGUGUUAUACACAAACUGACCCCAUUUUUAAUCCAUCUAAAUCCAACUCAUUUGGACAUGUACCUUGUCGUACUAGUCUUUGUAACCGUCUAGAUUCCCCAGGUUGUAACACUAAAUCGAAUAAAUGUAUGUAUCAAGUCUCUUAUGGAGACGGGUCUUUCACUAUUGGUGAGUUCUCCACCGAAACACUCACCUUUCGAAAAACCAAAGUUAAUAAUGUUGCCUUUGGUUGUGGACAUGAUAACCAAGGUUUGUUUGUUGGUGCGGCUGGUUUGUUAGGGCUUGGCAGGGGGAAAUUGUCUUUUCCUAACCAAGCGGGUCGGCAAUUUGGAUCUAAGUUCUCUUAUUGUUUGGUAGACAGGUCCAUGUCUUCUAAACCGUCUUCGUUGGUGUUCGGAAACGGGGCUGUUUCGAGGGUAGCAAGGUUUACUCCUUUAUUAAACAACCCGAAAAUGGACACUUUUUAUUACCUUGGAUUAACCGGGUUUUCGGUAGGAGGGGCUAGAGUGGCAGGUAUAACAUCGUCAUUAUUUCAGCUUGAUACAAAAUCGGGCAAUGGUGGGGUCAUUAUAGACUCCGGGACAUCGGUUACUAGGUUGACAAGACCCGCAUAUGUGGCGCUUAGAAACGCUUUCUUGUCGGGUGCGUCGCAUUUGAAGAGAGGUCCGAAUUUCUCCUUGUUUGAUGCGUGUUUCGAUUUAUCGGGGAAGACAGAAGUGAAGGUGCCGACGGUGGUGAUGCAUUUUAAAGGCGGUGCUGACGUGUCUCUACCGGCAUCAAAUUACUUGAUUCCUGUUGAUUCUAGUGGUAGCUUUUGUUUUGCAUUUGCUGGGACGAGUACUGGAUUAUCCAUCAUUGGUAAUAUCCAGCAACAAGGUUUUCGGGUUGUUUAUGAUUUGGCUGGUUCCCGGGUCGGGUUUGCACCCAAAUCAUGUGCUUAGUUAAUUAUCUUUAUCUAUAUGUAUGAUGUUUCUUUACAUUUAUUUAUUACACCAACCAACCAGUCAUUGGUGUUUUCUUUUC